AUGAUCUUGAGGAUCGUUCGUUAUUCUCCCUUGAGUGCUAUUGGACGAGGUCUCGGGGUCAAAAAAACGUUUGAACUUAGGGGAGUGAGAUUGUUUGCCAACGAAAUGACGAAGUCUGCAAUUCUGCUGAUGGGGGAUGGAGCUGAGGAGAUGGAGUCUGUCAUCACUGCUGAUGUACUCAGGAGAGCCGGGGUUGAUGUCACGAUUGCCAGCAUCACUGGGAGGGAAUGUGUCAAGUGCUCCAAAAAUACGAAAAUCUGUGCUGAUGCUCAGCUAGGAGAUGUCCUGCCUGGUAAUACUUAUGAUGUCGUUGUUUUGCCUGGGGGACUUGCAGGAUCUGAAGCACUCUCUCAGUCAAAAGCGGUUGGAGAUUUAUUGAAAGCCCAGGAGCAAGCUGGAAGAAUCAUUGCAGCUAUAUGCGCAGCUCCAACAGCUCUGAAGGCCCACGGAAUAGGUCUUGGAAAGAAAAUCACUUCCUACCCAGGAAAGAAGGGUGAAUUGGCUGGGGAUUAUAAUUAUUUGGAGGACACUGUCGUCGUCGAUGGCAACUUGAUCACCAGCAGAGGACCAGCCACAACAUUCGCUUUUGCACUGACUAUCGUCUCUGAAUUACUGGGAAAAGAGGCUGCCCUGCCAAUAGCCCAGGCGAUGCUCUACACCGAUUUCAAAUAAAGAAUAACAAUGGAAUAAAAAAAAUCCAGUGGUCAACCGACGAAGCAGAGGAUCAACACAAAAUACGCGUGCAGAACUAUUUCAUCACUUUACUGCUGGAUUUGUCAAUUGUUUCCCCAUAAAUUGUAGUUAUUUUCAACGAAAUAAAAUGUAGUUUUUCAGUCAACAAAA